CGCCCCGCCGCGCGCCCGCCCGCCGGGGCCUGUGCGCUGCGGCGCGUGCGCGAGCGGUGCAGCACCGGCCGCGGGAGCAGGGAGUAUUAUGGGCUGUGGGUGCCGCUGAGCAAGAUGGAGCUGUCUGCAGUGGGCGAGCGGGUCUUCGCGGCCGAAUCCAUCAUCAAACGGCGGAUCCGAAAGGGACGCAUCGAGUACCUGGUGAAAUGGAAGGGGUGGGCCAUCAAGUACAGCACUUGGGAACCCGAGGAGAACAUCCUCGACUCGCGGCUCAUUGCAGCCUUCGAGCAGAAGGAGAGGGAGCGUGAGCUGUAUGGGCCCAAGAAGAGGGGACCCAAACCCAAAACUUUCCUCCUGAAGGCGCGAGCCCAGGCUGAGGCCCUCCGCAUCAGUGACGUGCAUUUCUCUGUCAAGCCAAGUGCCAGCGCCUCCUCGCCCAAGCUGCACUCCAGUGCGGCCGUGCACCGGCUCAAGAAGGACAUCCGCCGCUGCCACCGCAUGUCCCGCCGCCCGCUGCCCCGCCCGGACCCCCAGGGAGGCAGCCCUGGCCUGCGCCCACCCAUCUCCCCUUUCUCUGAGACGGUGCGCAUCAUCAAUCGCAAGGUGAAGCCUCGGGAGCCCAAGCGAAACCGCAUCAUCCUGAACCUGAAGGUGAUCGACAAGGGCACGGGUGGAGCGGGCACCGGGCAGGGGGCAGGAGCCCUCGCUCGCCCCAAAGUCCCCUCCAGGAACCGCGUCAUUGGCAAGAGCAAGAAGUUCAGCGAGAGCAUCCUGCGCACCCAGAUCCGCCACAUGAAGUUCGGCACCUUCGCGCUGUACAAUAAGCCCCCGCCCGGCCCUCCGCCUCCCCCGCCAGCGGGCAAGGCCGACCCUGCCGCCUCCCCAGGCCCCGGGCUGCUGCUGGCGGCCCCCGCUGGCCCCUAUGAUGCCCGCAGCUCCAGCUCCUCUGGCUGCCCCUCACCGGCACCGCAGUCCUCCUCCGACCCCGAUGACGCGCCCCCCAAGCUGCUCCCUGAGACCAUUAGCCCAUCUGCUCCCGACUGGCGUGAGCCUGAGGUGCUCGACCUGUCCAUCCCUCCCGAGGUGGCCGCCACCAGCAAGAGGGUGCCUCCCGACGUCACGGCUGCCACGGGCCAGGCGCCUCCCGUGGCCCCUGAGCCUGCCGGCGCCUCCUCUGAGCCCGAAGCUGGGGACUGGCGCCCCGAGAUGUCACCCUGCUCCAACGUGGUCGUCACCGAUGUCACCAGCAAUCUUCUGACAGUCACUAUCAAGGAAUUCUGCAACCCUGAGGAUUUCGAGAAGGUGGCUACUGGGGUAGCAGGUGCCACUGGGGGUGGUGGCGGCAGCGGGGUGAGCAAGUGAAGGGGCUCCACCGAGGUGGGGGGGGGCUGGGGGGGCCCUCCUGCCCAGAGCCCUGCUCUUGCCCCCACCCCUGCCCUCAGACACCUCUGCCCGUGCUUUGCUUGUUUCAGAUGGCUCGGUGUUGACCCCGGGAGGGGGCUGGGCGGUUGGAACCCCCCGAAGCCUGGGGGAGCGGCCGUCCCGGAACGGAUUUGGGCCGGGGUGGGGCCAGGGCACUCAGAAGUCCUCCUCCUUGUCUCUUGGCACCCUCCCAGCCCAUGCAUGGUGGGGCCCGCUGGGGGGCUCCUGGGGAGCCCCGGAACCCAGAGUUGGCUGCCUCCUCCACAUCCCGCUCUCUCUCCCCUGGCUUGCUUCCAGCUCGCGCACACAGCAUCUGAUUUCUCGGUGCUAACCCGGCAGCUGCGGGGCCCCUUAGGAGACCCCUUCCCCAUAUGGGCACUGCCUCUUUCCUUCCCCCAGAUGCCUGGGCAGGAGGGGCAGGGAUGGCAAAGCCCAGACAGAGGUUGGGGUGAGGCCAGCUUCGGCCCCUCCCUCCAUAUCAACAAAUGCAGCAGGAGCUGGACCGGAGGCCUGGGUCUUCCUGCCCACUUUUGGUCAAGACCCAAGCAGGUCCCCUUAGCCUCCACCCCACCCAGUCUCUUUCCUAAUCCCCAUCUCAAAGGUGGGAGGGACUGGCAGGGACCUCCCCCUGCCACAGCCUCCUAGCAUCUAAAGGCCCCUUCAGUUCUCCACCAAAGGUGCUACAAGAACCUGCUGUAGAAACUUCCGGCUGGCGCACUCAUCUGCCGUCCCUUGGCGUGUCUGUGCGCCUACGCAUAUGUGCGCUGGGCCCGGGCUUUCACGCGGCCCCCUUGAGGGUUCCACGGAAUCGGGUCGUCGAAGGCCUGGACCUUUCCUUGCCCAGACCUGGCCCGGGCCCGAGGAGUUUGCUGUGGGGCCACAGGCUGAUCCCCCCAGCCCCCCAGUGCUGGUGUGUGGGCCCCCAAGCCCUCCUCCUCGGGGUGGUGGGCGCAACCAGCCGGGCCUCUGCUGCAGACACGGCAUGGUGGGGACUGAGGUGGAAGGAAGGGGGAGACCCCUGCCCGGGCCAUCCCCUUCUUCCCCC